AUGAAGAUGGGACUUAGACCAGUCGUUUGUGUUGCUCAAGAUUAUAUAAAAAAUAAAGCCAUUGAUGACUCAAGAUUACGCAAAGCAAUUCUCGAGCUACCUGAUAAUAAGACUGAACAUCUUCCAGGAUACUUACCACUUGUGCCCGGACUACCCGUUUUACUUACAGAAAAUAUUGCAACUGAGCUCGGACUCUCAAAUGGUACACGUGGAAUAUUUCGUGAACUUGUGUAUGAUGAAUUUGUUGAAAAUUUUCAAUACGACGAAACAGUUUUUCCAAAGCAUACUAAGUUUAUAACACAGCCAAAAUACGCUUUAGUAGAGUUCUCGAGUUGUAAGCUUGAUUCUGGACUCAAAGAUCUCAAAAGCAAAAUAGUUCCAAUCUUUGUUACUGAGCAAACAUUUCUUUUCGAUGUCAAAGAACUUCUGACCGAACAAAUUUCAAAAGCAGCAAAAAUGGUUCGACGACCCACGAAAAUUUCGAUCAAGCGAAAAGCUCUACCAUUAAUACCAGCAUACAGCAUAACAACACAUAAAAGUCAAGGUCAAACGUUGGGAAAAAUUAUUGUUGAUCUCGUUACACCUCCUGGUCCUGUUGAAGUUGCAUCGGUUUACGUUCCAUUGUCUCGUGUUAAACGACUUGAUGACCUUCUAAUAGUGCGUCCUUUUGACUUUUCAUCGUUACAAGUAAAACCAUCACCAGCACAACUGGAGGAACUCAACAGAUUGGACAAGAUUGCACAAAACACUCAAGAAUAUUUCGCUACACUUAUUUAA